AUGAAAGAAUUAUAUUUUGCAUUUUUUAUUUCUGUUGUGAUGUCAGAGUAUUUUAUUGUUUCUCCAUUAAAUAAAGGAAAUGAAAGUGUAGGAAUUCAUCCAGUGUAUGAGUUGGGCAGAUGCUAUAAUGUACUUCAGGGAAUAUCAACAGUGUACACUCGUGUUGAAGACAGUAUCAGGAUUCGAACAUAUCAAGCUGAUGGUUGCACUGGAGAGUCAGAUGCUUUAGUAUUUGAGCUAACUGAUAACCUUGCCAAACAAAUGUUUUGUACUGGUAGUACUGAUUGUCUUCUUGAAUUUGGAGAAAUUCCAAAUAACAUUGGUCACUAUAGCUCUAUAAAAAGAGGUAAAGAAUGUAGUGAAGAGAAUGAAGAAGUAAGUAUUUACAUUACAGAUGGAUGUUUCUAUUGUCAAACCGACGAUGGAAGAUAUUGUAAGUAUGGUGCACAUAAUGGGUAUAUGUCAUUAGGAACUUAUCCAAACAAUAAAUGCGACGAAAGUGAGAGAAGUGAAGAACAACAAAUAUACAAAUGUGGUUGUUCAACUGGAGUUUAUGGCUAUUGCUCAAAUAAUACUAAUGACUCAAAUUCAGUACCUUCUGAAUCUAUUUCGUUAUUAGCUAUUGCUAUCAUCGCAAGUCUUGGAUUUUUAAUUUAA